CCCACCUACCACCGACUCGGUUUUUACUACAGUGCGAGGGAAUUGAUUGAUCUAAGAUCAUUUCACAUAUCACCAACUCGGUUUUUUCUAGAAUCUCAUUCUGGGAUUAACAAUCAAGAAGAAGAACAAGAAAAUCUUCAGCCAUGGAGAUGGAUCCCUCACUCACACCAGAUUAUCCCCAAUUGUCUUACAGCAUCCUACCUAGCCAUGAAACAAAGGAGGAUGGAUCGCCAGAACCUUCUCUUUCGUUGCUGGACCAGCUUUCUAGAUUUAAAACCAUGGCAUGUGAAGCAUACACAAGGAAGCCAGCCUCGUACUGGGUUCUACUAGUUCUAAGUAUUGGAUCAAUGCUUGUUGCUUUUCCAGCGUCGAGUCUCCUAUCUCGUCUCUAUUUUGCUAAUGGUGGAAAAAGCAAAUGGAUAAUUUCAUGGGUUUCAGUUGCUGGGUGGCCUCUAACCGCUCUAUUCUUGCUUCCAUCAUAUAUUUUUCUUAAAAUUCAGCCAACGCCUCUCACGUUCAAGCUCACUUUCUCUUAUAUUGUUUUAGGGUUUUUAAGUGCUGCAGACAAUCUCAUGUAUGCAUAUGCUUACGCCUAUCUGCCUGCAUCAACUGCUUCUCUUUUAGCUUCUUCUUCACUGGUUUUCUCUGCCAUUUUUGGCUAUUUCAUAGUUAAGAACAAAAUUAAAGUAUCCACGUUAAAUGCCAUUGUGAUCAUAACUGCGGCAGUUGUUCUUAUCGGUUUAGAUUCAGAUUCAGAUAGAUUUGGUAACGUCAGUGACAGCCAAUAUAGAUUGGGGUUCAUAUGGGAUAUUGUGGGAUCAGCUCUUCAUGGACUCAUAUUUGCUCUGUCAGAGUUGGUUUUUGUGAAGUUACUGGGGAGAAGGUCUUUUCAUGUAGUCUUAGAACAGCAAGUUAUGGUAUCCUUAUUUGCUUUCAUUUUUACAACAAUCGGGGUUAUUGUAAAUAACGAUUUCAAAGGCAUGAAAUCUGAAGCUAAAAAUUUCAAGAAUGGUGAGAAGUCUUACUAUGUGGUUCUUAUUUGGUGUGCAUUAACUUUCCAGUUGGGAGUUUUGGGAGGAACUGGGGUUCUUUUUCUGGCUUCAACUGUUUUAGCUGGUGUCAUCAACGCAGUAAGGGUUCCUGUCACUAGCAUUGCAGCUGUUAUUCUUUUCCAUGAUCCAAUGAGUGGCUUCAAAAUUCUUUCUUUGGUUAUUACAUUUUGGGGAUUCGGAUCAUAUAUUUAUGGCUAUUCUUCUGCAAGUACUAAAGUGUCGCUGUAAUGAUUUGGCUAGUUAUUAUUGUAUUUAAAUAAACCUCAAAUUUACAUGCAUCAUAUAGUGCUUUUAACCUUCAAAAAUGUAACUCUUCAGUAUAAAUGAGUGCUAAAUAUAUUUUCUCAAA